UACGUGUGCUGCCUAUCAUUUUCGUCCUCUACAUUACGUGUGCUGCCUAUCAUUUUCGUCCUCUACAUUGACCUAUACAGCCAAGCCCAACCUCAAGAUGGCGACCCGUCCCAACAUUCUUUUUAUCAUGGCCGAUGACCAUGCGUCAAAGGCAAUAGGAUGCUAUGGCGCGAACAUUAACAGCACUCCUAAUAUGGACCGCAUUGCUGAAGAAGGAAUGCGGUUCAACCACUGCUAUGUCACCAACUCGAUCUGCACGCCAAGCAGAGCUUCAAUUUUAACUGGCACCUACAACCACGUCAAUGGCGUCGUCACCCUUGCAAGCAAGAUAAACAAGCACAUACCUAAUGUCGCCAAGCACUUACGCACGGGCGGAUAUCAAACUGCUAUGAUCGGAAAAUGGCAUCUGGGUGAAGGAAGUGAUCAUGAGCCUACUGGAUUUGACUUCUGGUCGGUUGUGUCUGGGCAGGGCGCGUAUCACGAUCCGGAGAUGAUUGAGAUGGGCGAGACGCGGUAUGAGAAAGGAUACGCGACAGACAUCAUUACAGACAAGUCUCUGGACUGGCUGAAAAGCCGUGAUCAAGACAAGCCGUUUUUCUUAAUGUGCCACCACAAAGCACCACAUCGGUCUUGGGAGUGUGAUCCAAAACACGCAGACCUCUACACGGAAGACGUCAAGGUCCCGGAAACUUUUGAUGAUGACUACAAGAAUCGCGCAAAAGCAGCAGCCGAGGCCAAGAUCAGGGUAGACACUGAUCUAACGUACUUUGAUCUUGGGCUGGCUCAGCCUGAUGGAGGAUCUGAGGUUGGCGAAUUGAUCAGCCUUACAUCUACGUUAAGAAAGAUCCCAAACCCUGAGGAUGUGACAAAAUUACGCCUCAUUGAUAAGCAGAGCGGUGAGGUGUUCACGUUUAAGACGAACGCUGAGCUUCGGCAUUUCAAAUAUCAGCGUUAUAUCAAGCGCUACCUACGCACCAUUGCCUCGAUAGAUGAUAACGUUGGGAGGAUGUUGAAGUACCUUGACGAUGAAAACCUGACAAAUGACACCGUCGUCAUUUAUACAUCCGACCAAGGCUUUUUCCUUGGAGAUCACGGCUGGUUCGACAAGAGAUUCAUGUACGAAGAAUCUUUCCAGAUGCCAUUCAUGAUUCGAUAUCCACGAGAGAUCGCCAAGGGCAGCGUAUGCGACGACAUUGUCUGCAACGUCGAUUUCGCCUCCACAUUCCUAGAUCUGGCCGAGCUGCACAAGCCAUCUUACAUGCAGGGCCGCUCGUUCCGUAAGAUAUUGAACGGUAACACGCCAGACGAUUGGCAACAGAUCGCUUAUCACCGCUACUGGAUGCACAGAGAUGCUGAGCAUAACGCGUAUGCGCAUUAUGGCAUUCGUGAUCAACAGUAUAAGCUGAUAUACUGGUAUAAUGAAGGUUAUGACCUUCCUGGUACGUCUGCUGGAGGACAGCCAAGAGAGUGGGAGCUUUUCGAUUGUGAGAAGGAUCCUCUGGAACUGUUUAACGUCUUUGGACAAUCUCAGUAUACGGAGGUUGCCAAGAGGAUGAUUGCUCAAUUAGACGAUAAGAUGAGGGAGAUUGGGGAUGAACCGGAGCAUAUACCUUGAAAAAUAGUUUACAGACGAUGCGGAGGGGCGGUGUAGCAAUAAUAUGCUAUUUUGUAGUAGACCUUUGACGCUGGUGUAAAUAGAGUAGCUUCACAAAAUAUAUUAUACAACC